AUGAGGAAUGAAAAAAUUAUAGAUUCUAAAGAUGUUCUAAGUAUAAAAAUAGAGGACAAAAACAAAUUUGUUGAAUUUAAUUACCCUGGUAAGAAAGGAAUAGAAAGCUUAAAAGAGAAUAAUAAAGAUGCUAUAGAGGCACAAAAAAAGAAAAAUGAUAAGAAUGGCAAGCUUUUAGAAAAUACAACUAAUAGUGUCGUUUCUCGUGAUAUAAAGCACAGAAUAGAUGAAUUAAACCACCAAAUAAAAGAGGGCAGAGAUUCUAGCAAAUCUUUUAUGCACCCAAAUCCAUCUAACAAGACUUCCUCUAAAGAAAAAGAUGUAAUACUUAAUAGACAGAAUGUAAUUGUUUCUUUAUUGAAAGCCAACCAGUCAUAUAAAAGCCUAAAGAACAAUCAGCUCUCUAUGAAUAUAAAUGAAAUUGAAAAAACUCUUGAGGACUUUUGUGUAGGAAAAAAUAUAAAGGGUCUAAAAUUAAGCAGUAAAAGUCUGUCUGCGCUGAGAUACUCUGCAAGCCUAGCUUUAUUCUUGCACAAGAUGCAAAUGCCAAUAGGUACUUCAAUUCUAAAUGAGAUAGAGAUGAUCAGAGACAUUACUGAAGCAGCAGUAAAUUCAGAAGAAAUAUCUACUCUUAUUAAGAACGGCGCCUCAACAACAAUCGCUAUAUCAAAAAUUAGACAGAAUAUAGAAAGCAGCGAGAUGCAAGAAGAUAGAAAGGCGCGGAAACAGGAGAUAAUAAGUAAAUACAAGAAAGGAACAUCUACCGUGAUAGAAAACAUGGUGAAGUCGUUAGAUGAUAUUAUUGCAAAAAUUAAUAGUGAAAUUCCUGUUUUGGAUAAAACAAAGCUCAAAACCCCAAACCAAUACGACAUUUCUUCAGCUAAUGCUACAAAAAAAAACUCUUCGCCCAGCAGUAUAUACUUUGCCACCUGCGGCCCUAUAAUAUUCAAGCCAUCUACAAGCAGCAGCGACUCUAAGAACACAAUUGACCUUACAAAGGAGAUUAAAGUAGAAACCACCGAAAAAACAAUUAUUGAUAUAAAUGGAUUUUUAGACAAGUAUAUGUUAAGCAGCAGCACUAAUGAAAAGAAGCAAUCUUUAAUUAAGGAAAUGCUGUUUAAGCAAUUGAAUGUUAAAGCACGCAAAGAAUCUAGCAUAAAAACAACAGGCCCAAGCUGCAGUGUUAAAAAACAGAACGAUGAAAACUCUAUUUACUUCAUUGACAUGGAUAAGAUCAAUAAUAUUGCCAUGUGCAUCUUUAAGGAGCUGGAGAAUCGCAUGAAUGAAAUAAAUACAAAUGAGAAGGGAAUGCUUGAAGAAUCUGUCCACCGGGUAUGUGUUGCCAUACGUUUCAUUAUGACCCGAUGCUCUUUUAUUAGCAUUAACCAGCAUAAUACACUUUCAUUGAUCCGAGAAAAAACAAAAUCACAAUUUGUUAUUGGCUAUUCAAAGGUAGCCGACAUAAAACCAGACGCCAGUAGCCCAUCCCAGAAUUUGAUUGAUGACCAGAUUGUCUACUUUAAUAUGUUAGACAAGUACUCAAAGCCUGCUUCAGUAGACAAAAAACCCGCUAAAGGAGACAAAUCUGCUCACACACUGCAGGAUGAUAUAGCAGCAUCUACUGAUAAAAACUCUAGUUCAGUUUCUAUUGAAGAAUAUGAUGUUUUGAAGAAUAAUGUUUUAAAACCAUAUGAAAAGCAUCAGAGUGAAAAAGAAAAAAGAGCAUUGUUUUAA